AUGGAUAAAAGCAGCCAAGAACAAGAUUGUGCCAUUUGUUUACAAAAAUGUCAUCAUCCAACACAGUUACCUUGUGGUCAUGUCUUCUGUUUCUUGUGUGUAAAGGGUAUUGCUAUACAAAGCAAGAAAUGUGCUAUGUGCCGCAUGCAAAUUCCUUCCGAUUAUUUUGAUCACCCAGUUUUAAUAGAAAAAUCAUUUCAUGAAGAAACUUGUAUGGAAAAUGGUUCAUCAGAAAAAUAUCAAUGGUACUAUGAAGGACGUAAUGGAUGGUGGAAAUAUGAUGAGAGAAGCAAUAUUGAUUUAGAAACUGCAUAUAAUACAGAAGAAACUGAGUGUUUGCUUUUAUUGGCCGGAACUAUAUAUUGUGUAGAUUUUGAAAAUAUGAUACAAUUUCGACGAAGCGACCCCAGACGACGCCGUCGAGUGAAAAGGGAUGUUCCAACAUUACCAUCUAAGGGUAUUGCUGGCAUAAAAAAUAUUGAUACAGCCCAAAGUGAACUUUCUAAUAAUGCAAGUGAUUUAGUUACAAAUGAUGUAAACAUAAUUGAAAAUGAGACAAAUGAUAGCAUAAAUGAUGUUGAAAAUGAAACCAAUACACAUGAAAGUGACAAUACUAGAACAAUUGUUGAACCCUAUCAUGCUAUUGAAGAAGUUACAGAUAAUCUUAGGCAUAUUAAUAUACAUUCAGAAGAUCCCAUCAGCUUUAAUUCAGAUGAAACAAAUCACCCAAGGGAAACA